CCGUGCCAAAGUAGGCAGUCAGUUAGCGUGAACACUAGUGUAUUCGGAGAACCUCUUAUCAUCGUCUGCACGUAGGGGCGUGAAUGUGUAGUUGUCUGGAAAGCGUUCUUUUACCAAACUUACAGAAACGUAAGACGACUCACGGCAAUUAUAUCUAAGGUGCCAUGAAUUACUCCAGAUUCAUUAAUAUAGUAAGUGCGGCAAGACAGCCAUCUCCAAUACGUGUUCUAACGGACCUUUAUCAGAGAUCCCCACCUUCUAUGAUCUCCCUAGCAGGAGGUGUACCAAAUCCUUCACUUUUUCCAUAUGAAACAACCACCAUUUCUUUAAAAGAUGGCUCCAAGCUUGAUUUUGGAUGGAAUAUAAUGCAGCAAGCACUUCAGUAUUCCUCUUCAGCAGGAGUUCCGGAAUUAUUGAACUGGUUGAAGGAGUUCCAGAUUAAAAUUCAUAACCCUCCAACAGCCAGAUAUAGUCCAGAAAAAGGACAGAUGGAUAUAUGUGUAACCACUGGCUCCCAAGAUGGACUUGCUAAGAAAACAGUCAUUGAACAGCUUAGUACAGAUGUUCUAGCAAUUUUUUUUCAUAUAGCUUUUAUGAUGCAUAUGAUCUUUCAGAUUGCUCAUGAUUAUGACCUGUUAAUCAUUGAAGAUGAUCCCUACUAUUUUCUACAGUUUGAGAAGCCCUGGGCUCCAUCAUUUCUUUCUUUGGAUAUUGAUGGACGAGUAAUAAGAGCGGAUUCCUUCUCAAAAAUUCUUUCUGCUGGGUUGAGGGUAGGAUUUCUGACUGGGCCAAAACCUCUUAUUGAAAGAGUUAUUCUCCAUAUUCAGUCUUCAUGUUUGCACACUAGUGCAUUUACACAGUUUAUGGUUCUACAGCUUCUCCAACAAUGGGGUCAGCAUGGAUUCUUGAAACAUGUAGAGUGUGUGAUAGAGUUCUAUAAGAAGCAAAAAGAUCUAAUGGUAACUGCAGCAAAUAAAUGGCUUAAAGAUGUGGCAGAGUGGCAUGAACCUGCAGCUGGCAUGUUUCUUUGGCUCAAGGUGAAGGGAAUUUCUGACACUUACCGGCUUGUGAUGGAAAAGGCCUUGGAGAAGGAGGUAUUGUUUGUUCCUGGAAAUGCAUUUAGCAUAGAUUCUUCCCAGCCAAGUCCAUACCUCAGAGCAUCCUUUUCUUUUGCUUCGGCUGAGCAGAUGGAUCUGGCUUUUCAGAGAUUAGCUGCACUCAUCAAAGAAGCUGUACAAACUGGAAGAGAGACGCGUUAACCCCCUAAAAGUUUACAUUUUCCAUAUCAGUAACAGUGUUUUUAUUUUUAUUUUUAAAUUACAUAUAUGCUACCAAAUUGCAAACCUGUUGGAUUUAUAGCUAAAGAUUAAAACACUAGUUACUUGAAUAUUGCUGUGAUUUAUUAAAAAAAUAUUUUUUUAAUGUGAUAACUUGUAUAACUGUAUGACCUUAAUAAGUUAUGAUUUAAAAAAAAAAAUCCAUUUUAACAAAAUUAAUAUAUUUACGACUGUUUGACUCCCAUUUGUGCAACUAUUAACUUUUUUUAGCCGAUAUAUUGACCUCGGUGCAUUGGUUUGGACCCAAACUCUUAAGAUGCAGAUGCUAUCAAAUCCAGACCAUGUCAUAUUACUUUUUCAGAUGGUCAAAUUGUGCAUUUAAUGUUAACAUUUUAGCUCUAGUCACUUGAUCUGCCAUUUCCAAAUGUGCCCUGCUUUUGACUUAAUAAAAAGUUUUUAUAAUAAA